GUGAAGUGUACUAAUUUAUCGAAAAUAAUCGCGAUUUUCGGCUCGUUCCUUGUGAUUUCGCACCGAGUAAGUAACUGAACGAGGAAACACUAGCCUCGGACGAGGUGUCAUCGCGAUGUAUCGUGUUAUACCGCGCCGAAUACGCGAAUUUCAUGCGCGCGAUUGUACGACCAGUGGCAGAUACACCCUGAAGACGACGACGACGACGACGACAACGACGACGACGACGACGACGACGACAAGACGACGACGAUGAUGAUGAUGGUGAUAAUGAUGAUGAUGAUGAUAACUACGACUGUAACGAUAACUACAUUACGCUACGAUGACUAUCACGUGUCCUAUUGUUUAUUUGUAUGAAUGCAAUCUCGGGAAGCCACGGAAUGCUCCAAGUGUGCCAGUAGAAUUCAGUAGGAAUUUGACGAAAUUCGUGAUGACGUGAUACAAGCCACGUAAAUGAGGUGACUGCAAAAAUGAGCUCGCUACAGCAAGGAAACAGGUUCCUACCAUUCUCAAAUAAUAAUCUACAAAGGAAGCAAUUGUCCAUGCAAGGUGGCCUUCCCCAGAGUUUGAGUGGUAGUGAUACCGAUGUUUCUACAUCUAACGAAAACCUAAGCAAUGAAGAAAGGUAUGUCAUAAGACAUACAGCACGACAGGAACCCCAAGGUCAGGAGAAUCAACAACAAAGCCCUUCCAGAUCUUCCAGUCAUAAAGAAAACAUACCAAAUAUUCAGGGCAACUUGCAUAACAGAAAUAGCCUAAAGGACAGCCUGAAUGGAUCAAACAGGAACAGUUUGAAAGAAAGCUUAAAUGGUUCUAACCGCAACAGUUUGAAGGACAGUAUCAAUGGAUCUAAUCGGAAUAGCUUGAAGGAUAAUUUGAGCAACCGUACUAGUGUUAGUUCCAACAGGAGCAGCCUAGAUGUUUCAACAAGUUCUUAUAAUACACUGAUUAUACACAAUGCUAAUGAGGAGAAUACAUGGGUACCUUCUACAAGGCUGACAGGCAUAGUGAGAGAACAUGGAGAUAUGGGUUACUUGUACUGUGAUGGCAGCGGCAAGGGCCAUUCCAACAGUCCUACAAUGCAGUCUUUGUCCAAUCUACAACAUGAAGAUUACACCCACGAACAAUCCGGCGGCGGAGGCUGUCAAGAAAUCACGGAUAUCCCGGAUGAUUACCUCAAUCAAUCUCAGGUUUUGAAGCAUCUCGCGAAGGAAGUGAAGGUACCGUCGUACAGCAACAACGGAGGAAGCAUAGAGAUGAGGAUAAGAGACGGCGAUAGGGGAAAGCAGAACGACAAUGAGUUCGAGGGCAGAUCGUCCCCGUCCUACAUAUCCACGUUGUUACCGUUGAAAAACAAACACAGACUCCUUGGGCCAACGGAGAAAUUAACUAUAUCGAGAUCGCAGCCUGAUUUGUCGAGAAUUAACAAAGCGGACAUCGACAACUAUAAUCUUCGAACGACUUCCCCGCGGCCGCAAACCAAGGGACGCGAGGAAGUAGAGAGGGAGACGGGCGAGGUGUGGCCGCCAUCGGGUACGAUUCAGAUGUUGAUACAGGAGAACGGCGCAUUAAAGCUCGAACUGGAGCGCUGUUACAACAAGGUCGCCAAGUCACAAAAGUUGGAGCAAGAGAUAGCGAAGGUACAUCGUGCUCAUGAGGAGCUCGCGGCGUCGUGCGAGCGACGGGAGAAAUUGGAGCGCGCCGCCAGAUCGAGGCUGCAGAACGAUUGCAAACGGCUGAUCGAACUGAAUCGCGCAUUGAGGGACCAAAUCGACCUGCUGUCCGCGCGUACGGACAGCCCGCCGAUCGUCGAGUCCAUGCGGAAGGAGCUGACGCAACGGGAGUUGCUCAUUGGACAGCUCAUCACUCAGAAUAAAGAAUUGGCGGCUGCGAAGGAGAGGCAGGAAAUCGAACUAGCCGCUCAACGAGCUACUCUGCAGGAGCAACGUAAGCACAUUGAAAUCCUCGAUAACGCGUUGAGUAAUGCACAACGCAAUGUUGUACGGCUUGAGGACGAGUGUCGCAAGAAACAGGUAUACGUGGAGAGAGUGGGUCAGCUUCAGCGAGCCUUGUCUUCACUUCAAGCGUCUAGCGAUAGACGAGAAGAAACCGAAAGACAACUGAGGGGUCAACUCGAGAGAGAAUUGCGCGAGGGUGGCGGUGCUGGCGGCGCCAACGGCAACGAGCAGACGCCGAACGCAGAAACGAUCGCGGACUUCAAACGACGGCUGCGCGAACGGGACGAGAAGAUUAUGUCGCUUGAGGGUGACGUUGCGAAGUGGGAGCAACGGUACCUCGAGGAGAGCGCGCUGAGACAGGCGGCCAUCGACGCAGCUAGUCUCCCGAAAGACGCCAAGAUCGCCGCUCUGGAGAAGACGAGUCAAGACGCGGAGAAACUGAUCGCCGAGGCUCGUUCGGAAAAGAUGAGACACAUGGACGAGGUGCACGUUGCGCAGAAGAAAUUAGCUGAUCUGGAAUCUAGGAUGAAAGACUUGGAGUCCAAGUUGGCCGAAAGGGACGCUAUGAUCAGGGUGCUUCAAAAACACACGUACGACAAAGAUAGCAGUUGUAGUAGCGGCGUAGGCAGUUACCCCGCUGCACACUCAUCUCACUCGAGUACAUCGGCAGAUCAUCAUACCGCACUGACGAGCACGUCGGAGCUUGUGAGCAGUGUACUUGGCGGUGGUAGCGGUUACGGCAGUACUGCUUCUUACGGCGUUACCGACAGUUAUAAAUAUAGAAAACAGGGCAGCUUUGAGCAAACUAAUAAGAGUCUCGAUGAUCAACUGAAAGAGCUAGACUCUCAGCUACUUAGCAAGCGGGCACUUUGCUGUUUUCCAGGAUUCUCUAAUCCAGGCACUGCGUCGCGAAAAGGAAAAAUACCCAAGCCACUACUGGCGGGUGUAGAUAGCACAGGUACCUCGAGCACCGCCUCGAGCAAGAGCCGACUAUUAGACGACUCGUCCGGUACAGAGCACGCCGUGGUGUCGCCGAGCAUAAUCGAGUUGGCCAGUGCGGCGGUUAGGCUGAAGGGCACGAUCACGAGGCUGUCGGACGGCAAGCAAGCGGGCGAGGACAUGAUGCUGCUAGAGAAGCAGGGCAGGAGCUCGCAGCGACAGCGGAUGCAGGAGGGUGAGCCGCGUCGCGCAGGUAGUCUGCCGCCCAGCUCGUUACCGCGACCACCGCGGACGCUCAAGUCCACGGCGAACUCGCGCUACUGCCGGCUGAGCGACACGGAGACGCGCAAGAAAUCCGACCCCGGGCCGGUAAGUCUGGACUCUUCGGCCGCGGCCGCCAUGACGAUGACCACGACGACGAUGAGCGGCGGCGCCAAGGCUGCACGCGAUUCCACCAAUUGUAGCAGCAUCGAGUACGGCAGAUUCGACGCGAAGGCGUCGCGCAAGAAGAAAUCAACGAUGACCGCGACGGCGUCGGCGGGGAGUGUGGUGGAGAGCUUCGUGACGAACAACUCCUUGAAGAAAUCCUCGCCCGUUGCGACGACGACGACGACGACGACGACGACGGCGGUGGCGACGAGCGGUGCUGGUUGUAGCGGCAGCGGCGGUGGUCACGAGUACGAGAGGCUGCAGUCAGACAACGUCACGACCACGAGCCGCAAGAAAUCCGUUACCGGCAACGGUAACAACGCAGAAAUGGUGAAACACAGAGAGCUCCAGAGUCGCUCGUUCAUACCGCCGCCGUCGCGUCGCAUCGGCGAGUACGGUCGCUUGAGCGACGGCGACUCCCCGUCGUCGUCGUCCAUGGUGAAAGUCGGCACGCUGAGGAAAGCCGGACAGGUUGUGGGCGGUGGGUCUUCGCGGGCACAGAGCACCGGCAGCACGGUGAGCAGCAAGAGCGGCGGUGCCCGCGACUCCGGCGGCACCGCCAGCAGCGAGGCCUCCACCGCCUCCUUGCCGCCGGUGAAGGCGAGAUCGAUACCGCGUCCCAGCAACUAUCGCAUUCAGUUCUGAAAAUUCGGGUCGCGCGAGCAGCGCAUACAACAAGUAUACAGGCACGUCCGUGAGAACUCGCGACGAUAACCGUUUUCGGAUCGAGUUCCUGGGUUGGUCUGUCGUCUCGGCUACGUCUCGUACGUCGUGCGUACGAUCACACACAUUACAUCCCGCGUAGUUCAGGAAUGGCCAUAAGCAACCAAGUUGUCGCGAUCGCAAGCGUCGAUCGCAGGCCAUAGCAAAACGGCAAACGGCCAAACAUAAAGCCACGGAUUUGUAAUUAACGUAGCGAUAGUGUAUGACCUAGUCAUUACCAAAGUAACUCCCGGGAAGGGUGUAGGGAAAGAAGAAUUGUCUUCCUCGCGUUUCCGCGACGAACGUGACAACUACGGCGGCCUUUUAACGACGAGGUGAGACGGUAUAUCGCUCUCCUCGUGUACGAAGUGCCUUUUUCGCACGUGUGGUUCUCGCCUCGCGCGCGAUCUUCACGAACCUUGUUCUUGCAGAGAAAGGAUAUGCACGUCUUCUUUUUUAACAAAUGUGUAUAUACAUAUAUAUAUGGUGUGUGUGUGUAUGUGUGUGUGUGUGUGUAUAUACACACGCAUGAAAAAGUAAGAAAAGCUGGUGUAGAAAAUUUUGCGAAGGGAAAAAAGGGGACAAAAGUCCGUCGCUAGUCUCUGUACAAGUAAUUGUUUCUUCCCAAUCGCGCAAAAUGCCUUCAAGAGCUCCGAAUUGGUAAUUAGACCUAGGUUCCGAUAAGACUGAACAACUGGAUACUGUGACGUUGCACUUCAUCUAUUAUCCUCGCAAUCUAUUUCCGUGCUCGCGUGUUCCUGUUCUCCUUUUCUGUCUCGUCUCUUCUCUUUUCCGUCGAUGCAGAAACACGGUAUUACGCGCACACGUUCUUCUCGAUGGGAUGAUACUUCUUUUCGUGUAGCUUUAUCGUACGAUGUAAUCCUUUCCUAGAAUUCACUUAGGUAUGUUACUCUGUAGCCUGUGCGUUAUUCGUAUCUCCCUUUUUUUUUUAUCGGGCUCUUUAGCGUUAUUUUCGUUAGAGUUCUUGUAGGCAUUCGUGUAGAAACUACGACGCAAACAGAGAACGCCAAAGUACGGAACUAUUGUACGCGCGGACGCGCUUCGUUUUAUAUAUAUAUAUAUAUAUAUAUAUAUAUAUAUAUAUAUAUAUAUAUAUAUAUAUCUGUCUAUCAAAUGUCUCUUAAUAUAAUUUACUGUAUUUAUUCGCGUUAUAUAUUUUGGAAUUAGCCGUCUAAUAUUAUUAUACACACGCGUAUGCGCUUAAUGUUGAUAGUUCUGUUUUCCCUGGUAUAUGACGAUUUCUACAUACGGCGCGCGGCCAAUUGAAUUUCUCUCUCUUUCGAGUUGUAACAUAUAAGGAUAUGUCGCGGUAGAUCGCGUGAUCGCGUGCGUGAAUCAUUGACAAAUGUAGCCGAGGGCAGCUUCGGCCUGCGUGCGUAUACCAUGAGAAACUUGAAAUUGCCGGGAAAGCCCUCGCAAAGCGGAGAUGCGUGUUUUGUCCUUCCGUAACGAUUUUAUACAAAUCGCGUCGUAACUCGAAGAUCGCUUAUUGCUGACACGAUGGGUGCGACUUGAGAGAUCGGUGAUCAUGUACUAUAGGUGAUGAUGUUGAUAAUCUUGCAUUCGAUUGACGUUAAUAAUGUGGCUUCUCUCUACAUGCAAGAAUUACCAAAUGUAACGUCACCAAAGAGACAGAGCGUCCCGCGAGACGCUACUUCGUCGAACUACUACGUAGUUAAGCGCCGCGCCACGUAUCCAAAUAUCGUUCCUCAUGAUAUUUUCUUAGGAUAUUUUCUCCCUCUGGUAGCAGUGCGCUUCCGUCGCUUUCGCGCACGAAAGCGCGACCUCGAGACGAAAGUGUGAUCUUGUGAGAUUGAAAACUCACGCGCGGCAGAGUGUGCUCGAAUAUAUAAAUUUUAUAUAUAUAUAUAUAUAUAUAUAUAUAUAUACAUAUAAUUAUACAUAUGCCGCCAAAUCAUCGUUUUGCUCUCUAUUUUUGAUAUGGCCGUUCGCUCUAACGACGAGCGUCGUUGUUUGUCGUAAGAAUAAAAAAAAGAAUCUACACGCGGUCAAUAAUAAUAAUCCGUCGUAAGUUUAUACUUGAUAAUGAAUAUAAAGUCUGUGGUUUCGAUAGCUUUACUGUACCGGUACCCAGUAAGCAGAAUUUUUUCUCCCGUAGGAGACCUUGUGUAAAAAAUCGGUUCCGUCGAUUGAUGCAGGAGAGAAAGAGAGAGAGCGCGUCCGUAGAACAGUACUCGCGAUGUUUGAAACAGGUCGUUGACCGAUGUAUUAUCCUUUUGCGACGUUUUGUACUCGAAUGAAGGUAUUGCUGGCGAGUUACUCGAUGUAAAGAAAAAGGUUUGAAAUACAGUCCCUCUUGUAAAGCAA